AUGCCCACCGCCAAAUUAUUCAUCUCUCUCCUCUACGAACCCCCUUCCGAUCCCGAUUCCUCCCCCGAGUGGGACGAGUUUGGCGACUCCGACUCUCACAAAUCCGAAGAGGAUCUCGACCCUGGAUCAUGGCGCCAAAUCUUCGAACCAACCUCCACCCAACCGCAACCUCAACCUCAAUCCGAUACGGAGGAUCUCUACUACUCCGCCGUGACCAAGCUUAUGACAGGAGACGCGAGGCUAAUCGAAGAAGGCUCCGGUGAGAUUGAGACGGCUGCAGAGUCUGGUUACCCGACGGCACAAUUAGUGUUAGGGUUUUUGUGGGGAAUGGGGCUUUUGAGAGAGAGGAGUAAACAGAAAGCAUUUGUUUAUCAUCAUUUUGCUUCAGAUGGUGGCAAUAUGCAAUCCAAAAUGGCUCUUGCUUAUACCUACACUCGUCAAGAUAUGUUUGAUAAAUCGGUUAAGCUUUAUGCUGAAUUAGCAGAAGUGGCUGUCAAUGGUUUUCUCAUUUCCAAAUAUUCUCCCGUCAUUGAACCUAUUAGGCUACACAAUGGAUCUGAAGAGAACAAAGAGGCACUUAGAAAAUCUAAAGCGGAAGAGGAUGAGGAUUUUCAGAUUCUCGAGUAUCAGGCACAGAAAGGGAAUGCUGCUGCUAUGUACAAAGUGGGACUCUUUUACUACUUUGGGCUACGUGGAUUGAGGCGUGACCAUUCUAAGGCACUUUCGUGGUUCUUGAAGGCAGUGGAGAAGGGAGAGCCUCGCUCCAAGGAGCUUCUCGGAGAGAUAUAUGCCAGGGGAGCCGGUGUUGAGAGGAACUAUACAAAAGCCUUUGAAUGGCUUACUCUAACAUCUAAGCAUCACCUCUACUCUGCUUAUAAUGGGAUUGGUUAUUUGUAUGUCAAAGGCUAUGGAGUCGACAACAAAAAUUACACUAAAGCAAAAGAGUAUUUUGAAAAGGUUGCUGAAAAUGACGAGGUUGGUGGCCAUUAUAACCUAGGUGUCAUGUUUCUCAAGGGGAUGGGAGUGAAAAGAGAUGUGCGGUUGGCAUGUAAAUAUUUUAUAGUGGCUGCCAACAAUGGUCAACCAAAGGCUUUCUACCAACUUGCAAAGAUUUUUCAUCUUGGUGUUGGCUUCAAGAAGAACGUUCCAUUGGCUACUGCCUUAUACAAAUUAGUUGCGGAACGAGGUCCAUGGAGCUCUUUGUCCAGAUGGGCACUGGAAGCAUACUUAAAAGGUGAUGUUGGCAAGUCAUAUAUGUUGUAUUCAAGAAUGGCCGAGAUGGGCUAUGAGGUGGCACAAAGUAAUGCUGCUUGGAUUCUUGAUAAAUAUGGAGAACGAAGCAUGUGCAUGGGUGAAUCUGGACUUUGCACUGAUGCAGAAAGGCAUCAGCGGGCACAUUCUUUGUGGUGGCAAGCUUCUGAGCAGGGUAACGAACAUGCUGCUUUACUAAUUGGAGACGCAUAUUACUAUGGCAGGGGAACUGUCAGGGAUUAUGACCAAGCUGCUGAGGCUUACGUGCAUGCCAAAUCGCAAUCUAAUGCACAUGCCAUGUUUAAUCUUGGGUACAUGCAUGAGCAUGGCCAAGGACUUCCCCUUGACCUUCAUCUAGCCAAGCGUUACUAUGAUGAAGCUUUAGUGCAUGAUCCUGCAGCUAAGUUGCCAGUUACACUGGCACUUACAAGCCUGUGGGUUCGGAUGAACCAUGCUGACAGUAUAUUGGUCGUAGGUGGAGAUAUGAUAUUCUGGACAUAUGGUUUUGGGAAAGGAAACAAUUGUCGUACCUACUCUCAUGAUAAGUUAACUGAGGUUAAGGAGGAUUGGGCUACUUAUGUGGUGGACGAUGUUUUCGGAAAACAAGAAGCAAUUAUUUUGCCUAAUUAG